CAUUUUGGCGCCCCCACAGCGCGAAGCAGCACGCGGGCAAACCCCGCGAGCGAGCGGGUUUUGGCCGCCAUGACCGAAGCUUUCUUUAGCGCUUUACCCGCGGAGGAGUUCGAGAGCUUCGAGACGGAGCUCCGGGAGGCCCUCAUCAAUGCGGCCACCCGGGCGCAAGAACUGGGCCUCCCGGGAGCGCGCUUCCCGUUGCAACAGUGGAUUGAUCGGCGCCUGGGUGGGGAGCUGAAAGCAGUGCAGGACCCUCGCGGCCAGUGCGAGAUUACGUUGCUCACUGGGUCUGGCGGCGCCGGCACAAGCGCCACGGGCGCCCCUGCUGCCGCCGUGGGCCUCGAGGCCUUCUUCAGCAGUUUGAGCCAGGACAGCUUCUCCAAGGAGGAGGAGGCGUUGAGAGAAGCGAUCUUCGAUUUCCUUGCGGCUUGGACGUCGCCGGACUUGGCGAAACUCGUCGACUUGAGUUCCGACCAGAACGUGAAAGCGCACUGCAAAUUCUUACCGCCACCGGUGCGGCUCCAAGACUGGGUGGAGCGCCGAAUCGGCGGGGAGGUGGAGUUCCAAAAGGACCAUCGAGGACAAGAGGUCGUCCAGGUGUUGCCGGAGGCCAAGAAGAUUGUGGCGGAGAAGUUCACAGCCUUGCGCAGGCACGCCAUGAACGCUGGCAAGGCAAAUCCAUUUCCAGCCGUUGGAGCUGUGGGAAAGGGUGGCAAAGGCGUGGCCAAAGGGGCAAAGGGGCCGGUGCCAAGCAAGGAGCAGUGGUUGGAGGCCUUGCCCCAAGACGAGCUUACAGGGGAGGAACUGGCUUUGCGUCAAUCCGUGCUGGAUUGGCUGGAUGUCUGGAGCAAAAGGCCUGGGAAGGGCAAAGGAGCCGCUCCCUUGAUCGGGGAUGUGGUCAACGACCCUCGAGUCGGCUUUUGCCGCUCUGCGCUUCUGCCGCAGAACGUCUCAUUGAAGGACUGGAUAGAAGCCAGAAUCGGUGGGGAAGUAGAGCUGAAGACCAACCAGAGAGGGCAGGUUGAGGUGCACCGAAGCGGUGCCUCCUCCGGCACAGCGCCGCCGGACGCCAGCACCAUCUUGGACCAACUGCCGGAGGAAGCUUUGAGCGAUGAGGAGGUGGCCCUUCGGCAGGCGGUCUUGAACCUGCUCUCCCGCGGCGGGUGCAAUAUCUUCGCGAUGAACGGGCACCCGGCCGUGCUGUCAGCCAAGCGGAGGUUCCUGCCAGACGAGGUCCCUUUGCGCGAUUGGAUUGACCGACGCAUCGGAGGAGAGGUGGAAGUCACUGCGAAAGACUGGGUCUGCAAGCGGAGCGAGGAAGAACCCGCGAAAAACCCGGCAGCCCACGGCACCGGCGCGGCUGGCGCGCCGGCGGCGCCGGCCGGAAAGGGCAACGGCAAGUUCGAGCCCAAGGGCAAGGUCGAUGCGCCCCCGCGGGUUGGGGUAGACUCCACUCGGAUGAUCGCGGACAACUUCUUUAAGAGCCUCCCUGCGGACUCCUUCACCCCGGCGGAGGACAUGUUGCGAGACUCCAUCCUCGCCUUUCUGGAAAACUGGACGGAGGAGGAGGCUCCGACUUUGGCCAAAGCGAUGCUUGACGCGAUGGUUCGGCAAUGCAAAGCGAACGUGUUGCCCAAGGGAAACGUCGUUUCGCUCAAGGAGUGGAUCGAGCGACGAUUGGGAGGCGAACUGGAGAUCGUCAGAAAUGAGAAGGGCAAUCUGGUGAUAGGGAUCCGGGGAGAUCCCGAGCCUGCGAAGAGAGGGGCUUCCCAGGACUGGGAUCAGGGCCCAGGAAAGGCGGCACGUGCCGAGUGAGGAGAGGUAUUGCGAAGCC